AUGUCUUCGACCCCCACGCCAUCACUCGCUGCGGCGGACCUCUUCAAUGUCAAUGGCCUCGUUGCUGUUGUUACAGGCGGCGCGACCGGCAUCGGCUUGAUGAUAGUCAAGGCUUUGGAAGAGAACGGUGCCAAGGUCUACAUCAUCGGGCGCCGUAAGGAGGUGCUAGACAAGGUAGCCAAAGAAGAAGCGAAGCACGGUAACAUCAUCCCAUUACAGGGCGAUGCGAGCUCCAAGCCGGACCUGGAGCGCAUCGUCGCGCAUAUCACCAAAGAGACAGGCUUCAUCAACCUCCUCGUCGCGAAUGCAGGCGUCACAGGCCCUAUCACUAAGCCCCCCACCACCACACCUCUCGUAGAUUAUCAGAAGGCGCUGUGGGACGUUGACUCGGCGGCAUUCGACCAGACCUUCAGUAUCAAUGUUGGUGCCGUGUACUUCAGCAUUGCAGCCUUCCUGCCACUCCUGACUGCGGGAAACGAGAAGGGCAAUGUAGCUCAGAGCAGCCAGACGAUCAUCACCAGCUCGAUCGGCGCGUACGGCCGCGUCCCCAUGGCGCAUUAUGCCUACUCGGCUAGUAAGGCCGCUGUGACGCAUAUGGCGAGGCAGCUUGCCACCGCAUUCACGAGACACAAGCUUCGAUUCAAUGUCAUUGCGCCGGGAUUGUAUCCAUCCGAAAUGACAGAGGGGAUUGUAAAAUCCUCCGAGCAGCUCACGCCAGAGGAUUAUGCGCUGAAGGUUUCGCCGCUAGGCAGAGCUGGGAAUAUCGAGGACAUGGCGGGCUGCGUUCUUUGGCUUGCGUCCAAGGCGGGCGCAUGGCUAUCGGGGAACAUUGUCGUGACAGAUGGUGGAAAAUUGGGGAUUGUGCCCUCGUCUUAUUAG